GAAUGCGUUGUCCUGCGCCUGCGCACAGACACAGAUACCCAUCGCCAAGCAGACGGCUUCUCUCUGCGUUCAGUUCAGUUUAAACCCGAUUUAAAUCUGGUUUGGGAACAGCUAGCGACCGCAGGUUGUACGGAGCAGGGUUAACGCGAAGGACGUGAAGGAAUAUGCCCAAAAAUAAAGGUAAAGGAGGAAAGAACCGGCGACGUGGAAAGAACGAGAAUGAGUCUGAGAAGAGGGAGCUGGUGUUCAAGGAGGACGGCCAGGAGUACGCUCAGGUGAUCAAGAUGUUGGGCAACGGCCGCCUGGAGGCCAUGUGCUUUGACGGAACCAAGCGGCUCUGCCACAUCAGAGGAAAGCUCCGGAAAAAGGUCUGGAUUAACACGUCAGACAUCAUCCUGGUGGGCCUGAGGGAUUACCAGGACAACAAGGCCGACGUGAUCCUGAAGUACAACGCAGACGAGGCCCGGAGUCUGAAGGCCUACGGAGAGCUUCCAGAACACGCUAAAAUCAACGAGACGGACACGUUCGGACCUGGAGACGACGACGAGAUCCAGUUCGACGACAUCGGAGACGACGACGAGGACAUCGAUGACAUCUAAGGCGCCACGGCUGAAGGGGAAGGCAGGAUUUUACUACAGACGCUCCGAUUGGGAUAUUUUGAGCCGGUUCUGCUAAUCCAUCAUUUUUUUUUUUUUUUAUGAUUAUUAUUAUUAAAGAUGAGCCUGUGAUCCAGUUUAUUAAUGUUCUACGUGGUUAAUCCAGUCGGUAGUCGUGCGUUUCUCUGGUUGAGCUCCAUCAGCACUUUGGUUCUGAACCGGACCUGCAGCAGGACCACGGACCUUCUCCCAGGAUCUGAGGCUUCACGGUUCGGCUGAAAUAUCCCAAACAUCUAGAUUUUUUUCCUGCGAUUCAAGUUUAUUUUUUUUAUUAUUUUCUGUCUCUGUCGUCCAGGAAGCUGUUCAGUAACGUAAUCUCCUCUAACACGCCAUCUUUUAAGCAAAGUAUUUAUGAUUAAUUUCACACCACGUGGGAUUUAGACACUGAACCCAGUCUGAUGGUUGGCGUUUUUACUGAAGGCAGCGGGAACGAGCCGGAUGUUCUCUCUGCUCUGGACUGAACCGAACCGCGGAUCCAUCGCCAACGCAAACCCGUAUUUGUCUGUUUUCCUGUUCUGCUGUUUCAGCCUCGGUAGACCAGCGGUUCCUAACCCUCCCGCUCCACACAACCUCCUAUCAGAGCUAUCUUUUACACAUCUCUAUAAGAAUCAGAUUCUAUCUAAGCAGAAUGCAGAUUAUUUUUAUUUCCUGCCUCCGUUUGGGAACCUCUGUUCUACCCCUCAUGGCGGCUUCUGGAUGUUGUCGGUCUGACUCUGAGUACAGAUGUGCUGUGAUGUUUGACGGCUGGGUUUCCAAUAAAGAUCUUAACUCCUCUGA